AUGGCUGAUAUUGCUCUGAAAACGGUCAUGGGACAGCAUGACCAGCGGACCUUGCACCCGUUUUUUGGGAAAGGCCCCACUGACAACAACCUCAUUUCGUCCGAACCUCAACCUUUACAGCCCGAAGGGCCCAUAGAUGCAGCGACAGCUAAAGACUAUGUUGCUGACAUAUCUGUGAAUCCUUCAUCUGGUUCUGAUAGCCCCAAUCACAAUGGCGGACGAAUUCUAUCUUGUAGCAACAGGAAACGGAAUGCAGCAUUGCAACUCCAGCCCGAACACAAACUGUGGAACCUUGAGUCUUCGCUGUCGAAGGAAGGGGAUGCAAAUUCCAGUCGGAAAAAAAGACGAAAAACGGGGACACAAGAUCCUGCUGGACAGGUGACAGCCAUUGGCCCACUACGACGACUUCUCAUUAAGGAUAAUCCCAUCCCCGCUUUGGGCAUACAGCUCGAGAGUUCAACUCGCAGCGAGCCUGACAUACCAGAACAAAAGUGUUUAGUUCAAAAGGAUUCGCGGAAUUUGGUUUCUUCAUCUUUACCAGAAUCAUCCCAGCCAUACCUAAAACCUGUCGCGACUAUCACGAGAUCCGAUGGUCCUCCGGUCAAAACCUUAAAAUUAAACCCAAACGGCAAAUUGUUGAGCUCUCCCGAUCGACCAAAAAAUGAAGGUCCAGGUCCAGAAGAACUCGGCAGAAGGAAGUCAGCGCGACACAAACGAGAUGAAGGGCAAUCUCUGGUAGUAGUUUUGAAAUACGGAGCCAAAAAGGAGUCUCGGCCCUUUCUGGGCCAGUUAAUAAAGGAAAUAAUUUGUGGUCAAAAACGAUAUCCUGUUGUGAAGGAGGUGCCGGCCAUUGCAAUCCCUAACCCUCACCCCCCACGACCUACAAAACCGACUCACCCUUUUUUCAUGAGUAAGCCCACUCAGAAAUCCGAAGAAAAAGGUGUGCAAAGAAAGUCUCCGUUUCCAAUACAUCCUAGAGGGGAUCGGGAAGUUCAACCAGCUAUUGCUAAUCAACCCCACCGAAUGGAUAAUUCACAAGCCGUAACUUCUGGAGUGCGUUCGCACCAUCCAAAAUAUUCGGAUCCUAUAGAUCCUAUUUGGCCACCGCGUGAAGCUGUCCAUAUCCGUGGGCUUCCAUCGAGCAACAAGACCAUUGGUUCGUUCCUGGAUUUUGAAGAACGAAAAGCCAAAGGCUUACCUACCACCAUACCUGAAUGUGAAAACAUUCUUUCAGUUCAAUCACGAUUAAUGCUACAAGCCACGAGGCGCCUUUUAAUGAAGAAAAUAUUGAGACACCCAGGCAAAAGAACUUGUAGUCGCGGCAGCUUCUUCGAAACAGUAAUGAAUCGAUUUGGUUUAUCUCUUGCGACUGCGCAAACUAUUGGUGAAAAUUUUCCUUGUCGGCGAGCCAGAUCGCCGUACACAUCCCACCCUGCGGUGGCCCAACUACUUUCCUCUAUACGAUCAUCAACCACUGCUUUCGAUCGGGGCGAGUUCGAUGACAUCCCGUGGACUCACAAGUAUGCUCCAAAUGGUGCGGACUCCGUGCUUCAGCUAGGCACUGAAGCUCUACUUCUAAGAAAGUGGCUUCAAAAUCUCAUCGUUUCGACAGUGCACACUGGCGCUGUUGGGAGUGAUGGAAAGCAGUCGAAGCAGACACCGGAUGAAAGUACAAAAAGGAAGAAGAAACGAAAAAGGCCGAGAGAUCUAGAUAAGUUUGUUGUUUCUAGUGAUGAUGAGUCUCAAAUGGAUGAAAUUGACGCUCCUGACCACGAGGAUGAGUUGGCUGGUGGAGUUACUAUAUCCAGUAAAAGAACUGUUGUUCGAUCGGACACUCUGACUACAGACAGCAAAUCUGCACCAGAAAAGCGGUCAGUAGCUAAUUCGAUACUUAUCAGUGGACCCUCUGGUUGCGGCAAAACCGCUGCUGUGUACGCUGUGGCCAAAGAGCUUGGAUUUGAGAUUUUUGAGAUAAAUGCCGGAAGUCGCAGAAAUGCAAAAGAUGUCGUCGAGCGUGUUGGAGACAUGACCCAGAAUCAUCUUGUUCAGCUUCCUGGGAAGGUUAACAAAACUUCCGCAGCUGCUUCUUCACUAAAGUCAAUGUUUUCCACCACCAGUAAUGAGAACAAAAAGCCAGUCAAUAUGAAAGGCUUUUUUAAGUCAAGAACAAAUCCUGUAGACAAAAAGAGAACAGACGCCGCUGCCGGCACUUCCCUGUGUGGAAGUGAAUCAGUGCUCAAAUCCCAACCAAGCCAGAAACAGUCCCUCAUACUCCUCGAGGAAGUCGACAUCCUCUUCGAAGAAGACAAGCAAUUCUGGAGCGGUGUUUUAGCACUAAUCAGCCAGUCAAAGAGACCGAUUAUUAUGACCUGUAAUGAUGAACGUCUUCUUCCCCUUGAACAGCUAAAACUUCACGCCAUUCUCCGAUUUCGCCAGAGUCCAUGCGACCUUGCUGCUGAUUACCUUUUCCUCCUAGCGGCCAACGAAGGACAUAUUCUGGACCGAGAACGAUUAUCGGAACUGUAUACUGUCACGCGUCGCGAUCUUCGCGCGACGAUCAUGCAGAUGGAUUUCUGGUGCCAGAUGGCUGUUGGAAGCAAGAAGGCAGGAUUAGACUGGUUGGCUAAGCGACCCCUUUUAUGUGAUGAACAUGAGAAGGAAGCCGAUUUUCCAAAAGUCGUAAGCACGGACACGUAUGUUCACGGUAUGGGCUUGGUCGGUCAUGACAUCGCGUGUGAUGAAGUUGAUCCUGAUGAAAGAAGGAGUCAGCUUAUGCUUGAGUGUUUGGAACAAUGGCAUAUGGGUCUUAUGGAUUGGCAUGAAUCGAAAAUGUUGCGAGACGUGUCAUUGGGUCAUGACGGUCAGAGUCCUCUAGAAGCGCUGGCUCAGGAAAGUGAAGAGGCUGAUAUGAGGGGUAACUUGGAUAUUAUUUGCCGGUGUUCACCUGAGGAGCUGACACAAGAUGUUUUUGACCCUUCUUGGCCUGAAAUGACCGGAAAACAGCGCUCCACGUAUACGGAAGGCUACCAAUUAUUACAAACUGACCCUCUAAUCGACUACGCACGUCUACCAAUGAAGAUUGGUGUCUCAAUAAGCGUUUUGCUGGAAACCUGCUUUAAUAAAUCAUCAUCCACAGACGAAGAAGCCGUCAUCCAACAAGCUCUGGAGAAAUUCUCCCCCAAAAAACUUGUAUACUUCAAUCGAUUCGAAUUACGUGAUAUCUUGGAACCAAUAACGGAUAAUCCAGACCCCUUCAACCAGUCAUCCGGUCGUCAGUCGUUUUCAUUUGACAACUGCAUAGCUCCAAUUUCCGAAGACCUCGCACCGUAUAUUCGAACCAUUGUCGCCUGCGAUUUGCGUCUUGAACAACAGCGGCUAGCUCUUAGCGGGCUCAUUUCUCAAGACUCAGUUGGGAACAAGCGAUAUCGGACUACGAGGGCAAGUCGAGCGGCAUUUGACGGUGGGGAUAAAGCAAGCAUACGGAAGGAGAGGUGGUUUUCAGGGAAAUUCAAUCCCAAGAGCGUGCUGGCUACGGGCGGUGCUGGAUGGCAAGAUGUGCUGGGACAGGAGCUCCAGAGGUUGGGUGGGGAAAGAGGAGUGGGGGGUGAUAGCUCUGGGAAAGGAUCUGUGGAUGAGGACGAAUCUGGGAGCUCCAGUGAGGAAGGUAUAUGA